UCAUUUUAUUGAUUGUCAGUGUGCAAUUCUUGUGCACUCAGUACGUUUGUUUUGCACUCAUCGUAGUCACAAUUAAAUUUUUAAGGCGGGAGAGUUUCUAUAUAUGUUAUAACAACUAAAGAAUAAUCGUCAGUAUUUUGAAAUUGCACUGAAAGUGAAAAAUUGAAGAAAAAAAACAUUAAAAUAAAAAUGUCUGAAUGUUGUUCAAAAAAGCAGACGAAAAAAAAUGAAGAUUGCUGUGCAGAUUCAUCUGUGUGUUGGACAAUUCUUUGCGGUGGUAAAGCUCAGCAAUUUACUGAAGAAGGCGCUUCUUGUGUGAUUAAUUGCAAAGGAAAUGGGAAUUGUUGUGCAAAAGACUCGGGCUUCCAGAUUAAAUGCAAAGGAGCAACUGGUACCUGCUGCGAAAUAGAUUGCGGAUGUUGCACCGUUUCCGUAGAAAAAUGUGAGGAUGAUAACGGCUCUUGCUGCAAAAUUACAUGUUGUGCAGAUAAAGCCGAAGACAAGAAAGUAUGUGUACUUCGCUGCGGAAAUUCAGGUGGAAAUUCUGCAGGAAAUUACUGCGUGAUUAACUGUGACGGCAAGAAAUGCUGCGUUAUCAAGUGCUAAAAAUGACGGAUGAGCCGGAACAGUGAUAAAUGAAUUAUGGUUUUUUUAUCAUAGCUUUCAUGUAUUUUUUCUUUGAUUUGAAAGUAAUAAAAAUUAAUUAGUUCAAACCUAAA